AUGCCCUCUCAACGACCCUUCUUCCUUUCCACCUUCUUCGCCUCGUUCCGACAACAGUCUCCGUCUGCGACAACGCUUUCAUCACAACAGCCCAAUAAGCAUUCUACUCAGGCGUCGUCAUCGUCGUCAUAUGCAACGCAGUCGGCCGCAUCAGCACCCCGAGCCAUCUCGUCAAAUGGGCCGUCAAGUACUGGGGGAAACAGCGGCAGCGUUAACUCGGCAACGCGCUCGUCAGCAGGGGUUGUGAACCAAUAUCCACUACAUUCCCCGCGCGGUGGAAUUCCCAUCCCCAGCGGCUCAAAUCGACGACGUGGGAGCGAUAGCAGCAGCGAAGGAUUCCGCGACGUGCUGGGUGCCGACAAGUGGUACAUUGGUGGACGGACCGCUGCCGGCGAGGAGAAGUUCUUCAAACUGGGUGUUGUCCGAAGGGUGCGCAGUAACGACGGCCUCAGUUUGGAUCGACUGAGUUUAUAG